AUGCUCCUUGCAUCAGAUUUGUACACAGAGAUGCUUUCCAAGGGUAUUGUGCCUGAUGCCAUCACAUAUACUGUUUUGGUACAUGGUCUCUGUAACAAAGGACAGAUAGAGAAUGCGCGCAAGGUUUUGAAAGAGAUGGAUGGAAAGAAUAUGGCUCCUAGUGUUCUUAUUUACAAUACAUUGAUUGCUGGAUACUUCAGUGAGGGGAAUUUGCAAGAGGCCUUUAGAUUGCAUGAUGAGAUGCUUGACAGAGGACUUGUUUUCAGUCACUGA